CCAUGACUUGGGCGCCUCGCUCGACAUGACGGCUCCAACAAGCCAGCCUUUCCAUUCGUGCCUUGCUAGGCUGCCUGCAUGCAAUCUGGGAGCGGGAGAAUAUUUGAGUGCUCAUUCAGCGUGGGAACUUUGGCUUUUAUUUCUCCCAGCUGACACUAAUCACGAUCCCCUCAUCCCUGACCUUUGUGAUUUCUCACACACUUGCUGCGAAUCCAGGAGGCUCGGUUCCCUCCUGCACACAGACUUGCCCUUCCAGCUCAUUUGCUGACAUGACUCCGGCAAUCAUUUUCUACGUGGUUGUGCUCGGCCUAACGGCUGUCGCAAUUUACGUCCAAGUCACGGCCAGCUAUCUAUCACUGCCGAUUCCCCAGCCCACGAGCAUUCUGGUGAUCCUCCUACCUUGGAUAGCCGCCGCGAUCAACUUCUGCACCAGACUCACCAACACCACCACCCCCACCAACAAGAGACUCAGUCGUUACCAUGCUGCUGCUGCCCGUGCUCCGAUCAUCCGUCUCGCGCGCGCCGCCCUGCCCAUGCUGCAGGUUUUCCAGGGGAUCCUCACCGUCGUGCUGGCAACGCUGCUGUCCCAGACCAUGACGCAGAACGGGCCGACGACGGGGUGCCUCGCCCAGGGCACUUGGCAGGGGAUGUGGUCGGCCCACGACCGCCGGGGGAUUGAGAGGAUCCAGGACGCGUUUGACUGCUGCGGGCUGAACAGCGUCAAGGACCGCGCGUGGCCGAGGGACGGCACGUGCUCCUCGCUGUACGGGCGCAACAGCGCCUGCGGGAAGCCGUGGGAGGCUGCGUUGCGGAGAGGGUCGGCGCUGGACUUUGGAGUUUGUCUGGUCUUGGGGUUCAUCCAGCUCUGGCAGGUUUCCCGAUUCUUCUUGUCCCGUGGCGGCGGCGCCUGGGCAGAACUUGGACGCGGGGACGGAGGCAGCAACGGGUACCGACAACUCCCGCCGCCGAACGAAAACACCCAAACUGCUGAGGACAGCCGACUUCUCGAGGAUGUCAGCGACAACGAGGAGGAAGACAUUUACCGCGCUCCGGAGCACGGUGGAGAGCGUGUAAACGACCAGACCAGGCUGGCUGGAAAUCAGAACAGCCGCGGGGACAGCUACGGAGCGGUGGAGAACGGAGGCACCUCGGCGGUGGUGGUGCCGACCGGGCUUGGACAUGAGGCGAAUGCAUGGCGAUGAAGGCUGUCCUGAAUGUGUUUGACAAUCAAUUCACGAGGGUGCUUGUAGACUGUGCGAUCGUGCUUAUUGGGGGGCAUUGGAGGAGGAGCAACAGCGUAAAUCAGUGAAUGGCCCUGUGGUGGUGGGAUGGAGCCCAAGAGGCGGAGGUCCCGCUUGUAAGUGAGAGUGAGCGCAGCAGCAAAGUUCACCUAGACAGCGGCUGGGAGUGCAAGCAGGCCGCCUGGAGCCCAGGCUUCUAUGCGCUCUCGCCUGCCUAUUACUACAGAACAAUUGAGUUUGCUCCAACAGGA